CUAUCAUUCAAUCCAAUCCCAUCGAUUUUAAUUCCUCAGACCUAACCCUAAAUAUUAAUCCCAGACACCUUCCACCUUCACCCAAUAACAACACACCCAAAUACACCAUAAGUACUCAAAAGCCAAAGUACUAAUAGUACCCACUCUCUCUCCCUCAAAGUCUUCAGUCCCAAAACCCCAAAAAGUCCAAUUCAAUCAAUCAAUCAAUCCCCCAAACAGUAAACCUCACUAAACAUCACCCUUUCUAAUUCUCACUUCUCCUAGCUCCUCUCUUUCACCCAGUUUUUCUUCAUCAUUUCCUCCCCCAAACUCUUAAUCAAAGCCCAACUUAUCAUGCUCGUGAUGCAUAGAGAAGUAAUCGGAAGAACAGGAGCAGGCAUGGUCUAUCAACUUGGUGGGUGCUUUUGAUUUCGUCAGUUCGGUGAAGUAAACAGAGCAACAGAGACAAGCAAAAUCAAGCUACCUACUACUUGGAGAUUAUUUUGUUGAAAAAAUAGAAGUUAGAUAUGGAUCCGGUUGCAGCACACGGCAGACCACUUCCGCCUCCGUUUUUGACGAGAGAUCUUCAUCUAAAUCACCCUCAUCAUCAGUUCCAACACCACCCUCACCUCCUCCACCACCAGAAUUCCGAAGACGAGCAGAACAGCUCCGGCUUAAACCACCACCGCGGAAUCAAGCGCGAUCGGGACGAGAACACCUCCGGCGCCACCACCACGAACUCGCUGGAAGGCAAGGACCAGCUUGGUGGGUCCACUAGCGGAGAAGGCGGCGAGAUCACGAGACGACCUCGUGGCCGACCCGCUGGCUCCAAGAACAAGGCCAAACCCCCAAUCAUCAUCACGCGCGACAGCGCCAACGCGUUGCGGUCUCACGUCAUGGAGGUCGCCAACGGCUGCGACAUCAUGGACUCCAUCUCCACCUUCGCCCGCCGGAGACAAAGAGGCGUUUGCAUUCUCAGCGGCAGCGGCACCGUCACCAAUGUAACCCUCCGCCAGCCAGCUUCGCCCGGCGCCGUGGUCACCCUCCACGGUAGGUUCGAAAUUCUUUCCCUUUCAGGAUCAUUCCUGCCCCCACCUGCUCCGCCCGCUGCGUCAGGACUCACCAUUUACCUGGCUGGCGGGCAGGGACAGGUAGUCGGAGGCAGCGUCGUGGGCCCGCUCCUAGCGUCCGGCCCUGUGGUCAUUAUGGCAGCGAGCUUCGGUAAUGCUGCCUACGAGAGACUGCCCCUGGAGGAGGAGGAGGCCACGGCGGUGACGCCUAUGCCUGGAAGCGGGCCCCUUGGCUCCCCAGGAAUUGGCGGAGGAGAGCACCAGCAACAGUCACAAGUUCAACUAGUACAGCAGCAGCAGCAGCAGAUGUUGCAAGAUGCUAAUAACUCAUCACCUUCUUCCUCACUCUUUCAUGGGAUGCAGCAAAAUCUUCUAAAUUCGGUUCAAUUGCCCGCUGAGGCAUAUUGGGGCACAGCUCGCCCUCCUUAUUGAAGAUCACUAUCAUCACUCACUGUGUUUUGAUUUCAAUUCGAACUCACUCCUUGUCCUUCUUUUCUUUCAAAUUAAACAGCCUUCUCUUUUUUUCUUCUAUAAAAAUUAGUUUUAUGUUUCAUUGAUUA